ACACCCACAUCAUGUACGGGAGGAAGAUUAUGCAGAUCCUCGAAGUUCCCGAGGCCGAUUCAGAGUCAGAAGACGACGCUCCAACACAACCAGUCGCUCUUCGCCCUCGCCCGCCUGCCUUGGGAGCUCUUGACCGGUGGUCGUCAUGGGACAUCCCGAGCUUGACUCUCCCGAAAGCGAAGAGACAGGGUGCCGGGCUUCGUAUUGCUACGGAUCCUGAUUUUUCCAGUUCGCAGGAACUCGUUGGCACAGCCUCUUUGCGGCUCCCGCCUUCUGCUCGACGGCAGGCAUAUAAUCCACGGACUCCCGACUCGAGUUUCACCUUCGGUCGCGCACCUUCCUUCCAAAUUAAUACACCUCCGCCUUCCUCUAUUAGUCAUCCAAUCUCACCGCUCUCUCCUUCUUAUUCCGCCUCCCACACACAACACAGACGUGCAGAACGAUAUUCUCGCGACGAAGCCCAACUUGUUUCAUCCCUUCAAACACAUUCACUUCGCCCAUCUGCAUCUCCACAGGAGCUUCAAGUUCUCGCCCUCGCCAAGGCGACCUCAUUUCUCACGGAACGAGCCGAAGAAUCAAAGCAUAAGGUUACGGUGUUGAGAGCAAGAUUAGCAGCUGCCGGGAGUGAUGUCGAUGAGGACCAGUACAGGACGUGGCAGAAGGAGAGGUGGAUGGAGGAGCAUUGGAUCAACGUCGUGGAAGGGCAGACAAAUUCGCUGAAGCAGUCCGCGAAGGGAAUAUUCGCACUUCAGCAACAGACUCCCUCCCAGAAGUCACCACAAAUCGAGCCUGAUACUGGCAAGGAGGAGUCGGAGACGUCAGACAUCGAGCGACGCAAGGAAGCCAACCUAGCCAAAUUCUUCUCCGUGUCCGCCACGCACACCUCUAUCCUUUCGCACCAACCCUCCCGUCAUGCUCGUUCGAGCUCUCUCGCGUCCCCUCGCGUACUGUCGCCUCUGGACAUCGAGCCGCUCAAGUUGCGUACUUGGCCUCUAGUCCCAGAAACACUGAAGAAACCCAUCGAGGGCUUUUCCGGAAGACCUCUCUCUGUGGACGAUCCCCGUCUCGUUCGACAGCGCGCACAGGUUAAAUCACCGCCUCCGCCGUUGAAGCUUGUGGACGAAAACGGACCGAAUGACACGGCUGAUCCGGAAGAGCACGCGAAACGAGAUUGGCCACGUUCGGCUCCUGCGACGGCUACGGAAUCCAUCUUCCCUAAUGGGUCGAACGCUUCGACAUCCUAUUACCAGUCCUCCAACAGAGCGUCCUCCUCUUCCUCCACUCGCAACGACAGCAAUCAAGUGCCGCGCAAACGAGGCCACGGCCACUCAUCCUCCCUCGCCAGUCUGGCCAACUACGCCCCGAAACAUUCCUCCAUUACCUCCUCGGAUUCCGGCUACGCAACGAUUUAUAGCAGUCCUGUCUCACGCACCAAAGAAGAGAUCCUGGAAGCGUUCGCGGCGACGAGGUAUCCUGUCCCAGAAUAUGUUUCUAGUUUGUUGGAUACGUUCGAGGAGGUCACGGAGAAGUAUAAUGCGUUUGCGCCGAGCUCGCCUGUGGUCGUGAAGGUGCCAAGGGGAUCGAGUGCGGAAGCUUCUAAUACUUCGAAAAGUACCAGUCAGUCUCGUCCAGUCAAUAAUACGAAGGAGAAGUCGAAGUCGAAGAGCAAGGAGAAGAAGACAUCUUCGUCGAGCAAGGAGAGGGAAAAGGAGGUCUACUCGUCUCCUAAGGUUUCGCGCUCUUCGCUAGAUAGUACACAAUCGCGGUCGAGCCGUCAUCAUGCCAGCGCGUCCAGCAGCACCGUCAACCUCCCGAGUACGAGUGCCACUCAGUCCAAGUCCAAGUCCAAGUCCAAGACUUCAUCUUCCUCACCCACUUCUAAAGCCAAGUCACAGUACCCCUCUACAUCGCAUUCAGAUUCGCAUUCUCGCUCCUCGUCUCGCCUAUCUCUCACUCCCGAAAUCUCGAGCUCAACGCAACAUCGUUCACGCACGACGUCUCAUCCACAAACUUCGCGCACUUCCGCCUCCACGUCAGACUCACGAACACGCUAUCACUCGCAUUCCUCGUCCAGCCGUCCUUCGACCUCCCCAGCCCCCCGCGCCGCAUCUUCUUCCUCAUCAAAGCCUGCGUUCCGUAUGAGUUUUGGCGGACUCCACAUCGGCGGACACCUUGGAGGCAAGAAGGCGACGUCUCUUUCUAACGCUGUUGCUGCAUUUAGUGAAGUUGCAGAGGGUCUGAGCGCGAUACAUGAGGGUUCAUGGGACGAAAUCACGCCGAGCGAUGUUCGUCGGUCGUCGUCGAGGGACAACGAACUCGCCGAUCACAGCAGACAUCAUCACCGUCACCAUCAUCAUCACACUCGCGACGAACCCGAACAGAAAGCCUCCCCGACCCCGAAGAAGCCUCAGACCAAACGAGCAGGUUCGAGCGGGUUGUUCCACAGAAGGAAACACGCCGACGGUGAACAUCCCAAUAACGACGAUACACCCUCCGACCGCGAUGGCGCACGUACUCCUACCAACGAAGAUGGGCACGAAACUGAACCGAAAGAACGUCCGGCGAUUCCUCGUCGCCAGUCAUUGCUCAGAAAAGUUCGUCCACCGAGCUUCAGGAGGUCCUCGACAGAUGAUACCGUGACACCCCAGAGCAACGGAGCCGAAGGUUCGCAGUCGACGUCGAGUCGUCCCCAGACCAGGGCGGCAUCGUCGUUGGGGUUUGUGCCUCGGAUCUCUGAGGAACGCGAGCCAGCGGAGGAUGGUCCUGCUAACCACCACAUUCAUUCCAAUGGCCACAAGCAUAGUCAUAGUCAUGAAGCACGCGCCGCGAGCCCCGGAUCCCAGUUUUUACGUCCAGAAGCUGUCACAUCCAUGAACUUCAACAACGCGAACGGUUCCGUUACGCAUAGUCGGUCAGCCUCACCUUCGUCUUUCUCGCUCCUUUCGCCCGUUGGGUCUGUAAGUUUGACGUCGGGAACGAGUCAUGACCACGGGCUUGCAGCGCUUGGUGCGAGUGCUGCGAGCCCCAAUGUUUCGAUGGUGGAUUUGUUGAAGAGGAAGCUUUCGGAUUUUGGGGGGAAGGGGAAGGCGAUUGCUUAAUCGUCGACGAUACGAUGAAGAUGAGACGGUCAUGCCACGAAGUUGAGGUUUCUUUGAUCAUACGUGGACUAAACGCGUCGGACUGUGUUUAUAGGCCUUGCUUUGGACCUUCUUGUUGCAUUUUUUUGGCAAUGUCAUUCGUUUGGGUUAUGGUUGUAUCUUUCUUGUCGUAGGUCCCGCCGGUCGCCUGCGUGUCCUCUCGUUCUUGGAUCGUGAAUUGUCAUCAGCACUCCCCACAAAUUAGCUUCCAUGUUGAAAUCUUUACGGGCUCCUGCUCACCCUUCAUGCUCACCACAUCCCUUUGCCUCUCUUCUCUCAAUUUCGAUCAUGGGACUCCUACAAAAGUUGGACUCGGACAAUAUUCUCUGUACUAAUACUUAGUUCUCACUCACCUCCACCCUUCGAAUUAUCCCAUUCGCUACAUCAACCUGUGCUCACUAUAGUGAUCUGAGC